AUGGCACACUAAUUUAACAGUUAACAUUGUGACAUCUCAGUCAUAUUUCCUUGGAUUUUACUGAUUACUUUCAUAUUUUCGUGCGUCGAGACAACUUAUGUGUAGUACUGAACGGAAGGAUCCUUCUUUGAAGUUCGUAACAACGCGGCCGGGAUACAAACUUUGUGCAAAACACAUCUAGCCUCACUCAGUUGUAAUAAGCAGGUGAUUACGCGUGUGUUUAUCAAGUUUGCUGUUCGAACUCGCCGUGCCUGUGUGCCAAAGCAAGGUCCUGAGUCACUGGAGCGGUGCUUCUCCGCGGGAAAAAGGUCUGAGUAUUCAGAUAUGUUAGACGGUAUCAAAAUCGAAGAUCACCCGCUGCGUACGGGACAAGCUACUCUUGGAGUUAUGCUUGGGACGGAGUGCCAUCACCAGGCGGUUUGUGAGGGGUGCCAGCGUCCCAUAUCUGAUCGCUUUCUGAUGCGCGUCAACGAGUCCUCGUGGCACGAAGAGUGUUUGCAAUGUGCAGUGUGUCAACAACCGCUCACCACCAGCUGCUACUUCCGGGAGAGAAAGCUGUACUGCAAGCACGACUACCAACAACUGUUUGCCACUAAAUGCAGUGGUUGCCUGGAGAAAAUCGCGCCCACGGAGUUUGUGAUGCGGGCACUGGAGUGCGUCUACCACCUCAGCUGCUUCUGCUGCUGUGUGUGUGACCGGCAGCUACGUAAGGGCGACGAGUUCGUGCUGAAGGAUGGCCAACUGCUCUGUAAGAGUGACUACGAGAAGGAGAAGGACCUGCUAGGCUCCGUCAGCCCAGACGACUCCGACUCGGAGAAGAGCGAGGACGAGGAACUGGAUAUCAAGCCAGAGAAGGGCUCUGGCGGCCCGGGUAAGGGGGAUGAUGGGAAAGACCCUCGGAGACCCAAACGGCCACGCACCAUCCUUACCACGCAGCAGAGGCGUGCCUUCAAGGCCUCAUUUGAGGUGUCCUCCAAGCCCUGUCGGAAGGUACGAGAGACCCUGGCUGCUGAGACAGGCCUAAGUGUACGUGUCGUUCAAGUGUGGUUCCAGAACCAGAGAGCUAAGAUGAAAAAGUUGGCACGAAGACAGCAGCAGCAACAGGAGCAGCAGAACUCACAAAGGCUGGGCCAAGAGGUGAUGUCCAAUAGGAUGGAAAGCAUGAUGAACUCCUAUACACCAUUGGCCCCUGCCCAGCAGCAGAUGGUUGCCAUGGAGAACGGUUACACAGCCGAUGCCUUCCAGCAGGGCCUCACUCCUCCUCAGAUGCCCGGCGACCACAUGAACCCAUAUGGAAAUGACUCCAUAUUCCAUGAUAUCGACAGCGACACCUCUUUGACCAGCCUCAGUGACUGCUUCAUGGCCUCUUCUGAAGCAGGAUCCCUGCAGGCACGAGUGGGAAACCCCAUCGACCGACUCUACUCCAUGCAGAACUCAUAUUUUGCUUCGUGAAAACUGAUGUUUACAGGGAUGAGCAAAUGUGGGUUCAUUCGUUGCAACUCCCUGCUCUUUCCCUGCAACUCCUUUCACUACAUGCCUCAGAACCAAGAACUCCCAGCAAAGCUUAAGAAAAGACCUCUUCCAUGGACAAAAGGCCAAAAAAUGGGGCCACAAAUCUAGAAAGCAUAGAACUUGAAGACAAGUGGUCCUUGUUACUCAGUAGUGAAACACAGCUCAGGACAUGGUUUUCUGAAGCUGACAGACUUUUUCUAUGUCUUCUGUAGAUUGUUUGUACAUGACUUUUGUCGAAGUAGCACUCAACACUUCGAUAUUCACUUAUGGAAAAAAGUAUUGAUGUAUAGUUCAAAGCCACUGAAGCCACAAACCUCAGUCCACAGCAUCUUGCCAAGGAAGGCUGAAGAUCAAGACACAAAGCUCCCAAUGCAUGAACCCAUAUUCUUUGUGAACAUGACAUUGAAAAAGAAAAUCUUUAGAAAAUAGAUCUUGUGUUGUUGAGAUGUUUAAAUGUGAUGUUUGGACUCUCAUAAUUUCUCUUUUCAUUAGGUUCAGCAUUGCAUUUUUAUCACUUUAAUAGGUUUAGCUUUGAAAGUGGAUUUAGAAAUGCUAGCAGGAGGCGGAAUGUAUAGUUAAAGUGUAUUUGUGUGUAUGUGUGUGAGAAAGAGAGGAAGAGUGUGUGUAUGGCCGAGGGAAAACGUGAGUACGUAUGAGUGGUGGGGGGGGGGGGGGUAGCCAC